GAGUGGGGAAAUGCUUGCUGCAGGGUCACGUAUUGCAAUGUCAGUAUAGAGGCAACACUCUGGUAGAAACGGCGUGUUAGUGCCUGGACUCUCGAGCCGGUCUGAAUGAGAAUUUGGUAGCAACUGGUGUAUCAUGUUACUGAAAAUGGUGAAUUGCACGACGCUGUGUAGCGUAAUUGCAGCCGCACUCCUCGUCGUGCUGUUGCUCCUGUUGGCGGUAUAUUUUUACCUGCAGUAUUCGUUCGGCGUGUGCAAGAGCAAAAACAGAAUGGACGGGAAGACGGUGAUAAUUACUGGAUGCACAUCCGGCAUUGGAAGAGAAACGGCGAAGGACAUAGCGAGAAGAGGUGCAAGACUGAUCAUGGCAUGCAGAAAUUUGGAGGCAGCGAACAAAUUGAAAGAGGAAUUAAUAAAGGAAUUUGGUAAUGAAAACAUCGUUACACGAAAACUGGACCUGUCGUCACUGUCCUCGGUGAGGGAAUUUGCACAGCAAAUAAACCGUGAAGAAUCCAGAUUGGACGUGUUAAUUCAUAACGCGGGAACAGCAGAAGUAUUUAGGAAAGAAGUGAACGAAGAUGGACUGGAGAUGACCAUGGCAACGAAUCACUAUGGUCCAUUCUUGCUCACGCAUCUUUUGAUCGAUCUACUAAAACGAUCAAAGCCAAGUCGAAUAGUGGUUGUUGCAUCGGGACUGUACUUUUUAGCAAGGUUAAACCUGAACAACCCAAAUCCAGUAAGAUCUUUCCCUGCCUACUUGUACUAUGUCUCCAAAUAUGCAAAUAUCGUCUUUACGUUAGAAUUAGCACGACGUCUCGAAGGUUCUGGCGUUACUGCCAACUGUCUUCAUCCUGGUCUAAUAAACACCGGAAUCUGGAAGAAGGUGCCACCGCCGUUUUCUUGGGCACUGACCUUACUGUUAAAAGUGUUUUGCAAAACGGUUGAACAAGGUGCGCAAACAACGAUACAUCUUGCAGUGUCCAGCGAAGUCGAUGGAAUUUCUGGCAAAUAUUUCUCAGACUGUCGUGAAACCAACCUUCCUGAUAGAAUAAAAGAUCCAUCGAUGGGUAAGAAGUUUUGGGAGAUCAGUGAAACCAUAGUGAAACUCCAACCAUCGGAUCCAAAAAUCUAGAACUUCACCUAAACAUAUUUCAUUAGUCUAUAUAUUUAAAAACUAAUUUCUAUCAUUAAAACAUUUCUAAUUCAG